AUGACAGCCCAGCGCUUAAGUGGUUAUGAAAUUCUUCUUCUUAAUACCCAGAAUCUGUCUAUUGUCUAUAGUCCUGUUAAUUCUGGUCCCAUGUCUGUUUUGCAUGCUAUUCUCACUUCUGCAUCUGACUCUGUGUCUAUACCAUCUGAGCCUCAUAAUUGCAUUGAACAAAUACAGAUUGCCACAUCUCCCAGAGCAGAGCUCUCCUCCACAGCACUUAGUGGCCCGGAUGUGACCACUGUCUUUUGGUCUGAAGCAAGAGCCAUCCACAAUGACG